AAAUUAAAGUAUAUACCCCCAAAACAUCAAUAAAUGAGAAAACUUAGUUUAUUACUAUAAAUAUACAUAAAAUAUAUAAUGGUUAAUUUGCAGUAGACAGUGUGAUUAGUAUUGAACUAAUAAUGAAACUGUGAACGGCAUGGCAUUGAUUGGAUUAGGAUUUGGAUGGAUGGGUGCAUGGCAGUUCAAUAGAGAAUAGGAAGAGGAUUGGUUUGUGGGGAGAAUUGGAAGCAUUGGAAAAUGCAAUCGUUAUGGUUAAGUAUGAGGGUGAGUGUGGGUGUGAGUGUGAGUGUGAGGAGUGCUUCAGCGAGGGUGAGGAGGAGUGCCAUCGUAGCGUCUUCUUCGGAGGGAGAAAAUCGUAGCACCAGUUCCUUUCUCUCUCGGACACAAACCUACGCUCUCCUCAAACAACAAUUGCAAGUAGCUGCUAAAUCUGAGGAUUACAAGGAAGCAGCUAGAAUUCGAGACUCGUUAAAGUUAUUUGAGGACGAAGAACCCGUUUUGCGUCUCAGGAGAUUAAUGAAGGAAGCAAUUGCUGAUGAGAGAUUUCAGGAUGCAGCUAGCUAUCGCGAUGAGCUAAAAAAGAUUGCCCCACACUCCCUUUUAAAAUGUUCCAGUGAUGCUACAACAUUGGGAAUCAGGGUUCAAGUUAGGAGUGUGUAUAUAGAGGGCAGAAGUCAGCCUUCAAAGGGGCUUUACUUCUUUGCAUAUAGAAUUAGAAUUACCAAUAACUCAGACCACCCUGUUCAACUUCUUAGAAGACAUUGGAUUGUAACCGAUGCUAAUGGGAGAAUGGAAAAUGUCUGGGGGAUUGGGGUUGUAGGUGAACAGCCAGUAAUACUUCCCAGGAAUAGUUUUGAAUACUCUUCAGCAUGCCCAUUGAGCACACCAAAUGGUAGAAUGGAAGGUGACUUUGAGAUGAUCCAUGUUGAUAGAGUAGGUUCACGAUCAUUCAAUGUGGCCAUUGCCCCGUUUUCCCUCUCUCUGCUUGGAGAUGAUGAUGGUCAUAUUAUUUGAAAUUGAACCGCAGCAUCACCUUUUGCAAAAUGUAAAGGAUUAUCAUUGUCACCGCCGUUACUUUAUUAAGUGUAAAAUAUCCUCUUGUAACGAAUAAACGAUCAGACUACAUUUGUAUUUUAUUGAAUUCACGUGUAGGAAACUCAUGAAAGAAAUCAAUAUUGUAUUAGAGAAACCAAUAACAGAGAAUUGAAUCAACCAAUAAGGUUAUUGAAUUAC